AUGGCCCACAUCUAUAAGCUUCUGGCAGGAGUGAUACUCUGCUCCAUCCAUGCUUGCUCUCUUGGCCAGAACUUGUCUGGCAUAGAGAACAGGAAAACCUUCAUGAUUUUGAGACAGAUGAAAAGGAUUCACUCUCAUUUAUGCCUAAAGGACAGAACUGACUUCCAAUUUCCUUGGAAAAGAGGGAAUACCACCCAAAACAAGAUGACUCAAGGCUCCUGUUACCACCCUCUGAUGCUCCAGCAGAUCAUCAACCUCUUCAACACAGAGAACAGCCGUGCUGCUUGGAACAACGCCCUCCUCGAUCAACUACUCUCUCGCCUUGAUCACGGCCUGGAACAACUAGAGCAAAUGGAAGAUGACAAUCUGGCUUGUGCCUAUUUGGGAAGUGUUGUCCGGAAAUAUUUCCAAAGAAUCCAUCACUAUCUCAAAAAGAAGGAAUAUAGUUCCUGUGCCUGGGAGGUUGUCAGAGUAGAAAUUGUAGUGUGUCUUUCCCUUAUAUAA